CAAGUCCAUCCUUGAGGGGAGGUAGGUGCCUGUCAGGGAGUUGUAGCAAUUGAAAACUGGAAUGUUCCAUAUAGCGCCUCCCCUCUUCUUAGUAGGGCCUGGAGUGAGGUGGUGGUAAGCGCCGGGCGGGGGCCGAACCGGCUCUGCGGCGCAUAGCUCGGAGUGCCGCGGGCGGCUCCCGCUGGCGUCGCGUGCCCGACCAACGGCCGCGGCCGGCCGUCAUGAGGCACCUGCCGUACUUCUGCCGAGGGGAGGUGGUGAAGGGCUUCGGCAGGGGCUCCAAGGAGCUGGGCAUCCCCACCGCUAACUUUUCUGAGCAAGUAGUUGAAAGCUUUCCAUCUGAUAUCUCUACUGGUAUAUACUAUGGAUGGGCCUGUGUUGGAAAUGGAGAUGUGCAUAAAAUGGUAUUGAGCAUAGGAUGGAAUCCUUUCUAUAAGAAUUUUAAGAAAUCAGUGGAAACACACAUUAUCCACACCUUCAAAGAAGACUUUUAUGGAGAAAUUCUUAGUAUAGUCAUAAUAGGAUAUAUUCGACCGGAAAAAAACUUUGAUUCCUUAGAGGCACUCAUUUCAGCAAUUCAAGAAGACAUUGAAGAAGCAAAAAGACAGCUAGAUUUACCAGAGCAUCUUAAACUCAAAGAAGAUAACUUCUUUCAUCUGCCAGAAGGCAAAAUAGUGAACAACCACUAAGCAAACUCAUACUGCUUUUUUAUUAUUAUUCUUAUUAUUUUUCCCUUUGUGGGAUUU